AUGUGUGGUGGACAAGUAGAAUGGGUUACUUAUAGUCAUGUUGGACAUCUCUAUCGAGGACCACGUCGACGAAGUAUGCAUCCUCGAGGUGGAAAUCUUCGUCAAAGUCAUAUCAAUCAUUUGCGUGUUGCUGAAAUUUGGAUGGGUGACUAUAAAAAAUAUUAUCUGCAUCGUCAUCCAAAUCACAUUCAACUUGAUAUGGGUGAUACAAGUGAAUAUAAAGCAUUGAGAUAA